UAGUACUAAUAUAGAUAUUGAUGAAUGGGCCUAUAAUUUAAAUAAAAAAUAUGGACAAGACGGAAUCUUUGAAUUUAAUAUGGUUGGUAUUAGGUAUAUAAUGAUUAAUCGUGCAGAGUAUGUGAGUAGAUUUAUGUUAUCGGAACAUGAUGAUCAUUCGAAACAUUUAAUGAGAACUAAGAAUAAUGGACUUUUGGAUUUUUAUGGUCUUAGUACCAAAGGAGUUGCAUUCAAUUUUGAUUAUAAUUCUUGGAAAUUUAAUCGUCAACUUUUUGCUCGAGCUAUGAGGACAGCAUAUAAUUCUAAAAAAACUGCAAAGUUAAUAAAUAAUUUAUUUGAAGAAAUGAUAAAUUAUUGGAUUAAUUUAAAAAACCCAGAUGAUGAUUCAACAAUUAUUGACGCAUCUAUUUGGAUAUUUAAGUAUUCAUUUGAUUCUUUAUCCACAAUAAUAACUGGUAGUCCAUCAUUUUCGAUGCAAUCUUAUUAUCAGGGAUUAAAAAAAAUCGAUACUCAAGAAGACAUAAAAAGUUUUGAGAAAUAUUCCAAUUGCUUAAAACACUUUCAGAAUGAUAAUCUAUUGACAUUUACACCAAAAUUUUUAAGAUAUGUCCCUACACUCAGAGGUCGUAUUCUGAGUUUACUAAAUGAUGUUAACUUUAUGAAAGAAAUGUGUAUGGAAAAAAUUAGAAGAAGGAAAAAAGAAAUUGAAAAAAUUGUUAAAAUUGACCCGAAACAAUUAGGAGAUGAUCUAUUAACAUCGAUGAUUGUUGCUAACACUCCAUAUGAAACUCAUCCUCCAACUAAUGUUGAUCCUUCAUUAUUAAGGCCAAUGACUGAUAAAGAAAUGAUUGGUCUUUUGUUUGAAUCAUAUGUACCUUCGGAAACU